GCUCGGUGCUAUCCAGUUAGAAGCCAUUGUACUACUAGACCGUACUGAAGUACACAGAGACGAAUACUAUAAUAACUUGUUAAAACCUGAGCGACACAAUCACAGAUUUAACCAGUAAAGCAUAUUUUCGAGGAACUAAAGGAAAAAAAGACGCUUACUAAAGUCGAACGACGACUAUAUUCUUCACCCGAAACGCUAGGCGGAGGGAUUCAACUGACUUGAGCAGACAUCAGAAGAGGAAAAGCCGCCGUCUGAAUCCGCAUCUACUGCUCAUUCGCUAUAAAUUUUCAUUUUCCAGUUGAGCUUGGCUUUUCUCUCAGGUCUGCGCCCUUAUUUAGAUGGCCAGCUUCCCAGACUCUGUAAACGAAAAUGAUAUAGGUAAGGCAAAGUUCAUUGGUGAACUCCUGGUGCCUGUUGCUCCCUUCGACCAGAAGUCUGGGCGCGAGGCUUGGACAGUAGCCUUUGCACCCAAUGGUUCCUACUUUGCUUGGUCUCAGGGGCAUCGCAUUGUCAGGCUCGUUCCCUGGACAAAAUGCCUGAAGAACUUUUCAGCGGGCCAAGAUGGAGAGGCCACCAAUGCCUCAAGCCCCCGCCGUUUGUCGCGUCAGAACAGUGGCGGAGGCCAGGUCAUCCCGGCAAGCAGUGAGCCCCGCGAGCACACCAUCGACUGCGGUGACAUAGUGUGGGGCUUGGCCUUUGGCUCCUCGGUGCCAGAGAAGCAGAGCCGCUGUGUUAACAUCGAGUGGCACCGCUUUAAGUUCGGUCAGGACCAGCUGCUACUGGCAACGGGCCUCAACAAUGGUCGCAUCAAGAUCUGGGAUGUUUACACUGGAAAACUGUUGCUGAAUCUGAUGGACCAUACUGAUAUAGUGCGAGACUUGACCUUUGCUCCUGAUGGCAGUCUCAUGCUGGUGUCUGCAUCCAGAGAUAAGACCCUCCGUGUGUGGGACCUCAAAGAUGAUGGUAACAUGGUGAAGGUAUUGCGGGGGCAUCAGAACUGGGUGUACUGCAGCGCCUUCUCCCCUGACUCCUCCAUCCUGUGCUCAGUCGGCGCCGGCAAAGCAGUGUUCCUAUGGAACAUGGAUAAGUACACCUUGAUCCGGAAGCUGGAGGGGCACCACAAUGAUGUGGUGUCCUGUGAGUUUUCACCAGAUGGGGCGCUGUUGGCCACCGCCUCUUAUGACACCCGGGUCAUCGUGUGGGACCACCAUAAGGCCACCAUCUUGCUGGAAUUAGGCCAUCUCUUCCCUCCUCCAUCACCUAUUUUUGCUGGAGGGGCAAAUGACCGCUGGGUUCGCUCUGUGAGCUUCUGCCCUGACGGCCGCCACAUUGCCAGCAUUACGGAUGACAGGCUGGUUCGUUUUUGGAGCAUAGAGGAAAGGGCUCCUCAGGCCAUUGCCUCGCUCUCUAAUGGCCUCUGCUGUGCCUUCUCCACUGAAGGAGGUGUCCUUGCUGCUGGGACUCGUGAUGGCAGUGUGCACUUCUGGGAGUGUCCUCGUAGCAUUGCCAGCCUGCAGCACUUGUGUAGGAUGUCUCUUCGGCGGGUAAUGACCACGCAGCAGGUGGAGAACCUGGCCAUUCCCACGCCGCUCCGCGACUACCUGACCUACAAAGUCAUCUGAUUCCCCCACCCAUCAUCCCAGCACAAUCUGACCCAAUUGCACCUGCUGCAGCAGCAUGCUGGAAACCAAGAAUUAUUUUCUGAAAUAUAAACAGUUUUUCAUAGAACUUUGUUGAACAAUCAAAAGCAAUGAGGACAGGAGAAAAAGGUUUCUGUUUAACUGACCAACUGCCUCGACCGAAACCCCCACCACAUCCACCCUCAGCAGGAUAUUAUGUUGUUUUGUAAAUAUUUAUUUUUGUAAGUAAAGGAGUGCCCUGGGGCUAGCGCACUAUUCAUACCUGUAAGGUCAAGUUCUUUCUGAGGCCUCCAUCACCUUGGUGUGGCACCUGUAAGUGUUCAGCUCCUCUUCCAGCUGGCUGCAGCUCUCCACCAGGUUCAGUAAACCCUUCAUCUUUUCUUCCAACUUGAAACGGCUAUUGCACUUAUUGUCAGAAGCUUUGCAGCUGUGCUUGCCCUUAAUGUCACGUUUUCUGUUUGCACGUGGGUGAGCUAAAGGGAAGAGACACAUGGGACACAAGACACAUGUUUAAGGAUGCAGAGUUUUCAAGGCCAUUACUCAGAUCUGUGAACCACUGAUGUAGUGGAUGUAUAGUAUCUUUACAUUACAUUAAUGUCAUGGCAUAGAAGAAAAACAGUCAAGCGGUUAUUGGUGUCUUUUUUUCACGUUUUUUGAAUAUCUCUGAAAUGGUACUAACACCGCAAUGACACACUCGCCUGACUCUAAAAACACAGAUUUCUUUAACAAAUCAGCCCUUGACUGAUCCAGUACAAUAUGUAACAUUGUUUCAAUUCAUUUCUGCAGUUUGGUGACACAAGAAACAGGCAGAGCAAGAAUUCUCAAUUAUUAGCAGCAGCAGAAGCUAGCUAUCAGGCUAGCUGUUUCAAUAGCCAAUGUGAGACUGAUAAAUGGUGCAGGCAGAUUUAUUGGUAGAUGGUAGAUGUUAGAUGUUAGCUCAUUGUAAAUAGAUUGGUAUUGGCAUAUUCAUCAGCUGGUAAAUAACAAAAAUUGAAAUAGAGAAAAACCAAAGAUCCUUUUUUGAAAUGGUGUCACUGUUUGUCCAACAGAGUAGUGAAGUUUAUUUAUUUAUUUUUUUUCAACUGUAAAAUGCCCUGCCCAUGACACUUGUUGGUAACAAUUGUUAGGUAAAACUAAUUUAAAAUAACUAAUAUAAUAUUAUUGGAUUUAAAAAAACAAAAAAAACAACUUAAUUAUCAAUAUCUGUAUAAACCACAAACAUCUUUAGGAGAUCUGUUGGUUUAGCAGAGAAUUCGGGGUUAUGUUUAUUAAUACUUGAGUGACACCACCUUUAGGACCCAUUGUCUUUCUUUUUGCUUUAAAGCUACCCUGUGGAGUUGGGGUUAGAUUUAGGGUUGUGACCACUAGUAUGGAGCAAAGUUUUAUUUAGGGGUGCCCCUUUAAAGUUAAGAAUUGUCAGUCGGAGGCCCAUCAGUCAAAUGAGAUUGCUUCAAGUCGAGUAUUUUUUUUUUUUUUUUUUUUUUUUUGGUGGCUAUCAACUGUGCCUUGCAGGAUUUGCUGUGGAGCGAGCACUCUUGACUUUCAGACUACUCUUUGGUACAGACAGCUGCAGUCCUGAUGGAGCAGCACAGAGAAGGAGAAACUCUGCACUGUAAGGCUCUGAGAUAACACUGUCUUCACUCUUCUGCUUGGCAGUGGUGAAUUUACAACUCACACAGUCUCUGGCUUUUGUUUGAUAUCUAGUGUCAGCAAAAAUGUUGUAGCACAGUUAAAUCUGUUGUUAGUGCCGCUAGCUAGUUUACUAUAUUACAUGAAUGUCACUGUCACACUGAACAUCCCUCUGAGCCCUGUUAAAACUUGCAAACUUUUUAUGGAAAAUCGUUGAGUAUUCUUACAUCUGACAGACAUAAGCCUGAGUUGGGUACAGCCCUAAAUGAGUAGGUCACUAUUUAUUUUGUAUUGAAUGCUUGAGUGGUCAACAAGGCGACAUGUUCCUCCUAAUGGUUUCACUUUUUAAAACACAGUAAUGUAUCAACAAAGGCAGGGAGUAUAGUUAAUAGUAGAUGUAAACAAUGCAGGCUCUAGAAAGUCUAAAAUUGCCUUUGCAGAGCAGGAAUGCAUUCAACACAGCCAUCAGGCCUACAAACUGUUUUUGUGAGAAACGCUGAAUGUAAACAUAACUUUGUUUAUGAGAAAGCUCCACAGGGUAUCUUUUACAUCCCUCCUAAAAUGGCCCCUAAUAUGUGCUACCUAACUGCACUAUCGGGGUUUCAGCAAACUGCAAACCAACAUUUGGUCCAACCCUGACACACUGCAGGUGCAGUCCACCCACUGCCCACCUGAAUUUACGUGCGUGUGUGUAUGUCUCUGUGUCUGUGUCUGUGUGUGUGUGGCACCUGCCCUACCGUGGCAGUACAAAGCCUUGAGACCAGUGUUGUCUGAUUGUUUCACUCUGAAGCAAAGCACCUCUGCCACUUAACUGCUACCUGUAUUUGAACUUGUACAAAACCUUGUAUACAGAUUUACAUGUGAUAUGUAUGUGUGUAUAUAUAAAAUUAUAUCAUGUCUAUAAACACAUUUCUAUCUUUUUUCGUUCUCCCCACUUUGUCAUUUUUAUUCCAGCUCCUCUGUUGAACAUAAAUAUUUUUGUAUUUUUGUUUUCCUUUUAAAUGUGAAAAAGUCUCCAGAUAACUGUCUUACUGCUAAAGCCCAGGAAGGAAAGGUUUGUCACAUUUCUCUACAGGUCAGAUUUAGACUGUGGCCGUAGAAGUGUUACUGCACCCUGUCGCUACUUUUUGCUGUAUGAAGAAAGUACAAUGAGCAAUUCAGGUUACCAUGAAGGUCAUCAAAAGCUACCAACCAAUCAGCCGCCAGCUGUGGCCAUCUGGUGACCUUCAUGUUCACUCUUGAUAAAAAGAACAUAUGCACUUGAUAAUCCACAAUUGCCCUUUGAGAUGCAGCAUUCUUAGAUUGUUUGUGUCUUGAUUCCAAUUUAUCAGUGAUAGGACGUGUGAAGAAGGGAAAGUGAGCUUUUAGUAUUGUCCUGUUUGGGCUUCUGUAAGAAGGUGGGCGCUGAACAGCUGUCAUUGUCAUGUCAUGCUUCUUGGCAAUAAGUUCUCUGACAGUCAGUGCUGAUGCCAAAGGUUUUCCUUUUCAGAUAGUUUAUGAAUUCUCGUAAGUUUGUGCUGAGUUAUCGAGGCUCUCUCAUGAAUGGGCUGCAGUGUUCAACACAGAACCUUAACAGGAGCUUUCAUUACAUGAUGUUUGUAAACCUGUAACCAGUGUGAUUGGAAAAACACAGUCCUGCCUCGGUGACAUGCAGUAUGAAGCAGUAAAUAUAUCAAAUAUAUAUGAAUGUAUAGAGUUCCUUUUCAUGUAAUUUUUUUUGGUUUGUGUGUUUGUAGUUUUAAUAAAGGCUUUUUGACAAAA